CCUGGCUACCACGAGCAAAGGUGGCCGCUCCGGGGCAAUUAAUAAACUUAACCUAAUAAGGGUGCAUAAUUUAUUAGCGUUAGCGUAUCAUUUUUCGGAAACCUCAGGAGCGGUUUGAAACAAUUAGAUUAGAGGAGCUCCCGUACUUUUCACCUUCCAAUUUCCGCGCCAGAGCAGUGAGCGACUGAGCGUCGGUAAAUCAGGCUCCCGUAUUUUUCGAGUGAGUACCCUCCGAUAAUCUUGAGAUGGGGGUUCCUAUAUUAGGCUAUUUUCAUUUUAGGAUAGGAUUAGGAAAAUCAAGCUCCGUUGGGCGUUUGGAUUGUAUAUUUCUGAGUUGCUGAGUUCGAUUUCAUUGUUUCAUGGGAAUGAUUGAGGCAUCUUAAACAGGACAAUGCCUCGAGUCUGGCCUCUCGGGUUAAGAAGACAGAUGCACGGGAAAUCGAGAGCUUCUACCGGCAAUACUAUGAGCAUUACGUCAGAGCUCUGGACAAGGGAGAGCAAGCAGAUAGAGCCCAACUCGGCAAAGCUUACCAGACAGCUGGAGUUCUUUUUGAAGUCCUUUGUGCUGUUAACAAGACUGAAAAAGUUGAGGAAGUUGCUCCAGAGAUUAUUGAAGCAGCCAAGGAUGUCCAGGCAAAGAAGGAAAUCUACGCCCCUUAUAACAUUCUUCCGCUGGAUUCUGCUGGGGCAUCACAGUCCAUCAUGCAGCUUGAAGAGGUAAAGGCCGCUGUGGCGGCACUAAAGAAUACACGUGGUUUAAACUGGCCAUCUUCAUUUGAGCAGAACAGGCAGAAAGCAGGGGAGUUGGAUCUUCUUGAUUGGCUUAGGGCCAUGUUUGGGUUUCAAGAAAGCAUCGUUAAUCUA